CGGCGACGGGCGCCCCGACGGACGCGGGCAGCGGCGAGGGCCGCCGCCGCUGUCGCACCGCGAGGCUGUCUUCCAGCUGUGCAUGCGCAUGCGCGAGUGCAGCCAGACGGCGCCGACGCCGCAGCGCGCCUUUGACGACGCCAGCGAGCUCGUCGCCGCCGCCGCGCCCGAGCUGGCGCGCUCGGGCGAGGUGUACGCGCGCCUCAUCAGCAUGGCGCUCGAGGCGCACCGGGGACAGGCCGCGCUGCGCCUCUUCACGCAGCAGAAGCAGUACGGCGUGCAGCCGAGCGUGCAGCUCUAUCGCACCCUCUUCGCCGGCGUGGCUCGCCUGCCCGGCGUCGCCGAGCAGACGGCGCUGCUGCAGCGCGUGGACCGCUGCUUCGAGCAGCUGCUCGGUCUGCGCCACCCACGCGACAGCGACGACGCCGAGGGCUCGGCAGAGCACAGCGGGCGGCAGGUGCGCAACGCCGCCCGCGACGAGGCUGCUGACCUCAGCUCGCCGGAGUUCGACCUCACCUGCGCGGCGUACUUCCACCUGCUGCGCCGGACGGAGCGCUGGUCCGCGGCAGAGGAUGCCUGGGCUGCGUACCGCGACGUCACACCUGAGCCGUCCGUGCCGCUCCUGGACGCAGCCGUGUACUGCCUCUUCUCGCUGCGGCAGGCCGAGCACUUUCCGGCGCGAAGCGGCGCCCUGACGCCCAUCGCCCGCGACGUGUUUGCUUGUCUCAAACAGGCCUACACGCGCCGUCAGACCCGGCACUUCGGCAGCCGGCCAUUGGGACGGCAUCCGGAGAACUUUGGCGACGCACUCAGCUGGGCGAUGGUGCUGGACCACCUGAUCAGGUACCAUCACGUGCGUACAUCCCUGCUUGUCUCCCUCUGCGCUCUGCUCCCCAUCAGCGACGUACGACACGAGGCGCUAUCGGAGACUGUUGCAUCGUGGUCCGGCUUGCCCGUUCUUCGGUUCUUCCUGGACGAGUUUGCGCCCGCGGCGGGGGCUGGCAGCUUGCUUGCGGACGACAUGAAGCCUGACUGGCGCCGGGACGUUGCUGCUCGCCUGUUCCACGAGAUCGCAUCCGCCGCGCUCUGGGCCUGCAGCGGUUUCAGCGAUGCGCCAAUCGCGCUACGGCGCUUCAUUGACAGCUACGCUGCUCUGCCUUACGACGGGCCGCAGGCCAUACACCGAGCGCAUGCGGAGACUGUGCUUACGGUGGCCAGAGAGGCGGCCGAUGCGCAUCUUGCGCUUUCGAUGAUCCGUCUCAUGCUGCCGAUGCCACACAAGCCGAACCGCAAGCAACUCGUGCCAGCGACGCAGCAUUGGUUCCUUGCCAUGUCCGCCCUGCGUGCCUCGAACGAGCCAGUCGAGGACAAGGCCCGCAUGGCGCUAGACGUGUGGCAGUUGUACGCUCCCCUGGCCCGGCGCCGAGCAGAUCUCGCGACCUCGGUCAACAACAACAACACCUUCGGCCUCUACGUCAUACGGCCGGCACUCGUGCUCGAGUUUCUGGCAUGCCGGAGCGAGCCGCACGCCGCGCCGGUCGACGACGCCAGUGCGGCACUUGCUGCGCCCAGCGACGCCGAGCAUUAUGCCGAGACUGUGCGCGCGAUCGAGGCCGGCUUCUGGCUGAAGAACAUUCUCCCAGAGACUUCGGUCCUGACAAAGCCACCUGCGAAGACGGGCGCACUGUCACCUCGGCUAGACCAGUGGCUCUCGCUGGACGGGAACAAUCACGCCUCACUGUCGAGAGCCUGCGCCAGGCAGCUGGCCGAUCACCUAGCAUACGCACUCGCUGCCGCGUCGGUGACCCCGGACGAGCGCAGAUCGUGGACCGCACUGCUCUCACACGCGCGCAAGACAGGCGAGUGGUUCUAUGCUCAGGACCACUAUGACUUUGGCUCGCGAAAUGGGCCAGGCGCGAAUCGCACAAUGCGGCCGAUACAGUAGUGGCUUUCGCGAGAGGGCCUUCAUGCUUUAACGAGAUGCUGCCGCCGUGGAUCAGCUGCACGCGCGUGCUUGCAAUGCGAUCGCAUGUCUCGAAAAGAGCGUUGAGGCCGUGACCUCGUCUACCUCGCAUGCCGGCCUCUCGAGCAUGGCGCAUCUGCCGGCUGCUGGUCGG